AUGACACAAUCAGUGAACUACGACUUGCAGACUCAGAGGAUGACUGCUUCUCAGCAGAGCACCAAGAUCUUCGGCAGGUUUGAUCCUAUUCACAUCGCCCUCGCCGUCAUUUCCAUCAUCUUCUUGAUCCUUUCCAUUGUCUUCAUCAUUCUCUUCGCUACUAAACACGGUGAGCCUUUUUUAUGCUGGACAUCUUUCCACUCUUGACCUACAGAUACUUCCACUGGAUUCUUGGCAACUGGUUUCUCGAACAACAAUUCUGACGAUGUGUCCAAUGAACUUAGAGGUCUUCUGAAGAACAAGUACACUGUGAACUCUUUUGCUCUUGAACUCGAGUAAGCUGUCUUGUUCCCCACAUUCUCGUACUCAUAACCUAUUUUUAUUUCAGAAACAAGGCAGUCAGUGCAGUGUUUUCCCUCCGAAACUCGGUUUCGACAGACGACGUGCAGAAAGUUCUGUCCGCUUCGAAAUUAGUGACCCAAGUGGAGACAACUUGUGAGUCGUUUAGUUAAUAUUGGCGGCGGCGUGCGGAUUAGCGUACCGGAGAGGUGUGAAACUUUGUGGUUGAUAAGAGGGAAACGGAUGAUAAGCGAACAAAUAAUGCAUUUCUUCACUUUUGCGCAUGAUUUAUGAUGAAAUUUCAAAAAUUUCUCUUCCCGAGUUUUUGAGAUUAUGCACAGUUUUUCUUCAAAACUUUCUCCUCACGUUUGUUCAGCAGACAGAGGCGGUCAUUUUGAGCACAGAGACGUCCUAUAAAAAGCAAAAAUAACUCAGGAAUUCAAGUUUUUGAGGUUCAGGACUGAGACUCACAGAAAAGUGCAAAUUGUGCGUUUUCUAGUGGGCAAAACGCUAAUUUAAGGUCACAGCUGUUAUAAACAAUUCUGAAAUUCUCUGUUUCACCUCAUUUUCAUUAUUUUGUGAUGAAUUUUCGGGUUUUCGGAAAAAAAAAUCCAAAAAUUUCAAACCUGCUUUUGUUUUUAACGAUACUCCGUUUUAGCGCGGCGCUCAAUUCAGCAUUAGCUAUUGGGGAGGCAGUUAAACGAAGAAAAAGUAAUAACUAAAAUUUUAUGGAAACAGAUGGAGACAAGGCCACCGCCGUUUGCCGUCAGGCCCAACUCGUCGUUUCGACCGUCGCCCCGAACACCACCACUUCUGCGCCCACAACGACGGCCGCUCCGACCACUACCGCUGUUCCUCCAGCUUCUACCAAAUGUGAGUGCCAACUUCCAACUUCUAACCAUGCUCGAUUGAUUUAAGACUGCAAGGGUAACCCGGUCACUCGUGAUAUUCUCCUCGUUAUCGACCUGAACCAGUUGCAAAAGAACAACCAGACCGAGAAGGUUGCCAGUCUUCAGAACGUUCGCCAGAAGCUUCUCAACGGAAUCACUUUCCCGCAAGCCAAUGUUUUCCUGAAGGCCGUCGUCGCUGACAAAAUCCAGGAUAUCUCGACCACCUGGGCCAGCACUGCCGCUCAACUCGAUGCCGACUUCAAUAACCUGUUCGGAAUCACUACUUUCACCGAGACUACUUCCCUCAACUUCGCCUCGAUUCUCAAAAAUGGAGUUGAAUCGUUCAGAAACGGAAGAUCCUACGUCCCCGGAGCCAUUUUUGUAGUCACUGACAAGCCGAUCUCUCAAGACCCGGUCACUGUGACCCCCAGAGAUUACGGAUUGUUCGUCGGAGUUGCUGGAGUCCGUGCGAACUACGUCGCGCAGUACACUUCGUAUGCCGAUUCGAUCGCUUCCUACGAUACCUGGACCUCUCUGGCCGAGACGGACCCAUUCCAGACAUUGGUUUGCUCCUGUGAGUAGACUUAAAAAUGCUGGCAUUUGUGAACGCAUCAUUUUCAGUCUACUCCCUUCCCGCUGCCCAACUCGCAUCUCGUUUCGCCUACCCGUUGGCCGAACUUGAUGGUAAAUUGAACUGCUGUCUUGACACCAGACAAUAAUUUUGUUCAGAUCAAACGAACACUCCAAAGUGUCAAGUUCUUGACAUUAUCAUUGCCUUCGAUACUUCCGAGUCUCUCUCCAGAAUCAUUCUCCCGGUAAAUCCUCUUUCUGUACGAGGUUUGUUUUAAUUUUGUUUUCAGAAAUACGUCGACUUCGCCAAGAGACUUGUUGCCCAGUACAAGUACAAUAAUGACGAGUUCACUCGUGUCGGAAUUCUCACGUUCAAGUAGGUUUUUCCGAUAUCAUUGACAAAUAGUCAUUCGCCUUUUCAGCGCUGACGUCACCGAGAAGCUCACUCUCACCAACGGAAACAACUUGGCGGCUAUCAAUGCCGUCAUUGAUUCCGUUGUGUACACUGGAGGACUGACCGACGUUACCAAGGCCCUGAAGGAGGCGAAGGACUAUUUCACAACCGAAUCGACCGGUACCUCUUCGAGAGUAUACAUCGUUCUUUCCGAUGCCGUUCCGACCGUCGAUACCUACCAGGAUGAGAUUCAAGCCGGGCAGGACCUCAAGAACAUCAACGUCGCCACCUUCUUCAUCGGAUACUCUUCGUACAGUGAUGACGUUAAGAAACAGCUGGGACAAGUGACCAACCCGGACUACGUUUUCGGAGACAUGUCCGACGCCACUUUCACUGGAGUCACCAACCAGAUUCUCAUUGCCUAUCCGUGCCCAGUGCCGAGUACUUUCAGUAGCCCAAUCACCUCUUAACAAACUUUUUUCAGAAUGUGUCACUGCUUACUAUGCCGUCGAAAUCAGUGAGGCCACCAAUGACUACGUCGUUCAGAAUCUGAAAGACGUAAUUACAAUUGCCUCGAACGCCGCCACGCAGCAGCCUAAUAUUGCUUCGUAUCAACUCGUCACCUACAACGAAGGAAAUACCAAAUUCAACCCAGUCGGAGAUGCUUCUCUCAAUUCAUUCACAGCCUUCGUCCAGGAUCUCAUAGACAAUCCGGCAAAGAUAGCCGCUCUCCGUUCUGGAAACACUCGUCUUGACACCGCAAUCAUCGAUGUGUCGAACCAGUUGGCGGCUCAAGCCCUUAAGAACUCUCGUUUCUCCGCCAACAUCAUCUUCUUUGGACAAGCUAACGACGCCGUUCUGGAUCCGGAUGAGAACACCGCCAAGAAGAGGGCCGAUCUUCUCGCUGCCUCCACGCAACUGAAGGCGCAAACAGCCGGACUCAUUUUUGUUGUCGACGACUCCAGACCGGCUGAUUUGUUCGGAGAAGAUCUCUGGAACAGUGUGACCAGCGACAGUCGCAUCAUUCAGAAGAACGACGACAUCAACAGUGUGCUCGAGCAGACCGAUUACUACACCACUUGGUCGAAGCUCUCGUGCUCUCUGCCGCCACUCGGAACUUGCUUCGACACGCAGCUCGACGUCGCUCUCCUCAUUGAUCUUCAGAACAAGACUACGUCUUCAUGA